GAUUGAAGAAGAAAAUAAGUUUGGCUGGCAGAGUUAAUUAUACAUUGGAUUGCCUCAUCCAGGCCGUAUUUGACAAGCUUGUGAAAGGCAGCCUUGGCUGAGGGCACUGGAGAGCCGUGUGCAAAGAUUAAUCGUAUUAAAUGCCAUUUUUCAAUGAGUGCAAGGCUGACUGGGUGGGAAAAAAUUAAAACUAUUUGUAACCAUGCACAGCCAGGCAUAACCUAUGGAUACGGGAGAAGUUUAAGGUUCACGCAAUGAUCUAACCAUCCAGAGAGUACGAAGGGCAGCGGGGUAGGAAUUCUUGCAGUACCAAAUGAACCAACCAGCAUUCUUUCAUUUGGCUGUCAGCACCAUAAGGUGAUAGGAAAGCAAAAAAGAAAAAAAAAUGUCUCUGAAAACAAGCCAGUCCUCAUUUGCAGCUCUGAACCACAAAAAUGUUACUCUGGUCAGUUUCUGUAAAGAACAAUCUUCUAAAAAGCCAUGCGUGUUGCAAAAUGACGAAUGUUGUGGGCAAGGAGCUCUUGUGAGAACUAGAGAGGCAUUUCCAAAAGAGAAGGACGAUUCCUCCAAGGUCUUGCCAGGAGCACUGGACCUCAGUGACAGACAGGCUGUGCCUCAGCACCUUUUACCUACCUGCGAAUCAGCCUUGGCGAUGAAGCAGAAGCUUGCUUUUACCAACCUCAGCUUUGAGGAGGAUUCAGGUCAUUCACCUUCUCUUCAUUCUCAGAUAAACACAGUUGCAAUUGAUCUUUCGGGUAUCACUUCCCAAGACUGCAUCCAAUCCAUAGAGGACAAAAUUUCCAAGAUAUCAGGAAUUGUGAAUGUCAAGGGAUCUCUUGAGCAAAGUCAUGUAAUGGUAAAAUAUUUGCAACUGGAGAUAAGCUCUCAGCAGAUCUGCCAGGAAAUUAAAAAACUGGGAUUUUAUCCCAGUGUUAUAGAGGCAGCCCAGUCUUCAGGCCAGUGGUCCUGUGAAGCUUUGAUUAAGGUGAAAAUAGAAGGCAUGACCUGCCAGUCUUGUGUCCAUACUAUUGAAGAAAAGAUUGGGAAAUUACAUGGGGUGAAGAAAAUCAAAGUGGCCCUCAACAACCAAGAAGCUAUUAUUGUUUAUUAUCCCCUUAUUAUUAAGCCUGAAGAACUAAAGAAUAGCAUAGACAGCCUGGGAUAUGAAUGCACCAUAAGGCAUAAGCAAGCCCCAUUAGAACUAGGUUUCGUUGAUGCUGAACGCUUACAGCAGAUAAAUGUAAAAAUGGCCAGUGAACAUGGUGGUGACAGAAAUACUGUGGACAACAAUGGAUCGAGCACAUGUGUUGCAGUGCUAGAAGUGGAAGGAAUGCAUGACAAAUCUUGUGCCAACAAUAUUGAAAGUUUGAUUUCAGAGAUGCCUGGUAUACAAGACACCAGAGUAUCCCUGGAACAAAAAGAGAUUACUGUGUGGUUCGACCAGAAACUCAUCAUUCCAUCUUCAUUGCAGCAAGCUAUCCAAGCCAUUCUCCCUGGUGACUUUAACCUUGUUUUUUCUUGUGGAAUGGAAGGCCAAAAUGGACUACUUAUCUCAAAUGCUGCAUCUUCUUUACCUUCCUUCUCUAGUCACCUUCCCCAAGUACAGGGGGCAAAUGUAUCCAGUACAGCUAUCCUUAGAAUUGAUGGAAUGACCUGCAAUUCUUGUGUAAAUUCUAUUAAAGGCUCCAUAUCCCAAAGGAAAGGGGUAGUGCACAUUUCUGUAUCUUUAACUGAAGGUACUGCAGUUGUAUCUUACAAUUCCAUUAUAACCAAUUCUGAAGAGUUACGAGCUGCUGUAGAAGACAUGGGAUUUGAUGCUUUUGUCCUAACAGAUUCAGCAGUUGGAAAACCUACUGAUGGAGGCACGGAGCUGCGUGAGCUAACCUCUGUUUCCUUGAAAAGUAAAGUUGUCCCAGAAUUGCCAUCUGAAGAUGUAUUUUUGCAGGAGAAGAAAUUGCGUGCUAACUUUCCAAAGUUGUCCACUGAACGAACCACUGAAAAAUGUUUCCUGCUUGUAACAGGCAUGACUUGUACAUCAUGUGUUUCAAGCAUUGAGAAGAACUUACAAAAAGAAGAUGGAAUAGUCUCUGUGCUUGUUGCAUUGAUGGCAGGGAAAGUGGAGGUAAUAUAUAAGCCAGAUAAAAUUCAGCCUCUUGAAAUAAUCCAGUUGAUUGAGAACUUGGGUUUUGAAGCUUCAGUUUUACAAGAUUAUCCUGGGGCAGACGGCAACAUAGAUCUUAAGGUCCUAGGAAUGACUUGUAGUUCAUGUGUUCAUAGCAUUGAAUCCAAGCUCACUGAAACACCUGGCAUCCUCUAUGCAUCUGUAGUCCUAGCUACUUCAAAAGCCUGUGUUCAUUAUGAUCCUGAAGUGAUUGGUCCUCGAGACAUUAUAAAAAUUGUUGAGGGAAUUGGUUUUCAAGCAUCUUUGGCUAAAAGAGAUCCAAAAGAUCAUAACUUGGAUCAUAAACAGGAGAUCCAGCAAUGGAAGAAAUCAUUUUUUUGCAGCCUGGUGUUUGGUAUUCCAGUUUUGGUCUUAAUGGUUUAUAUGUUAUUACCCAUUGAUCAUGGAUCAAUGGUGCUGGAGCAAAACCUGAUUCCUGGACUGUCUGUUCUAAACCUUCUCUUUUUUGUACUUUGUACUUUGGUUCAGUUUCUGGGUGGAUGGUACUUCUAUGUUCAAGCCUACAAGUCAUUAAAGCACAAAAUGGCCAAUAUGGAUGUCCUGAUAGUAUUGGCCACAUCAACUGCUUACGUCUAUUCAUGUAUCAUUUUGAUGGUUGCAGUUACUGAAGAGGCUGAACAGAGUCCCAUCACAUUUUUUGACACCCCUCCAAUGCUGUUUGUAUUCAUAGCUCUUGGGAGAUGGCUAGAACACAUAGCAAAGAGUAAAACAUCAGAAGCGCUUGCUAAAUUAAUUUCUCUUCAAGCUACAGAAGCUGUUGUAGUGACACUUGGACCUGACGGCUGCAUCAUGAGGGAAGAGCAAAUUCCUGUUGAACUAGUUCAACGAGGAGAUAUUGUAAAGGUGGUCCCUGGUGGGAAAUUUCCAGUUGAUGGAAAAGUGAUUGAAGGCAGUUCUAUGGCCGAUGAAUCUCUCAUAACUGGAGAAGCCAUGCCAGUCACUAAAAAACCUGGCAGCACAGUAAUUGCAGGUUCUCUCAAUGCUCAUGGCUCUGUGCUUGUAAAUGCAACUCAUGUUGGCUCUGAUACCACCCUGGCGCAAAUUGUGAAACUAGUUGAAGAAGCUCAGAUGUCAAAGGCACCCAUCCAGCAACUGGCUGACAGAUUUAGUAGUUAUUUUGUCCCAUUUAUCAUAAUAAUUUCAACAGCAACACUGAUAACGUGGAUUGUAAUUGGAUUUGUACAAUUUGAUGUUGUGCUGAAAUAUUUUCCUAAUCACAGCAAACACAUCCCGAAAGCCGAAAUUAUCCUACGGUUUGCCUUCCAAACCUCCAUCACUGUGCUGUGCAUUGCAUGUCCUUGUUCUUUGGGCCUGGCUACUCCAACUGCUGUGAUGGUGGGCACUGGAGUUGCUGCUCAGAAUGGUAUUCUCAUCAAAGGUGGGAAACCGCUGGAAAUGGCAUACAAGGUGAAGACAGUGAUGUUUGAUAAAACAGGAACCCUGACUUACGGUGUUCCCAGAGUCAUACGCGUUCUCUUGCUAGGAGACAGAGAAGCUACCCUGCCUCUGAAGAAGUUCCAUGCUCUUGUUGGCACUGCCGAAGCCAGCAGUGAGCAUCCUUUAGGAAUGGCUGUCACUCAGUAUUGCAAAAAGGAACUUGGCACAGAGGUCCUUGGAUGCUGUAAAGAUUUUCAGACAGUUCCUGGAUGUGGAAUAAGCUGUAACGUUAGCAGCACUGAAACCAUAUUGGGUGACGAGGUUGAUCAGGAUGUGACCAGUCUCAGCCGUCAUAUUGAUGGCCUUGAUAAAGAUACUGCAGUCUCUCAUGCUUAUUCAGUGUUGAUUGGGAAUCGGGAAUGGAUGAGACGGAAUGGCCUGCUUAUCUCCAGUGAUGUUCAUGAGGCCAUGAGCGGCCAUGAAAUGAAAGGACACACAGCUAUUCUGGUGGCCAUAAAUGGUGUACUUUGUGGCAUGAUGGCAAUAGCAGACACAGUCAAGCCAGAGGCAGCUUUAGCAAUGCACACAUUGCAGAAUAUGGGAAUGGAUGUGGUGCUUAUUACAGGAGACAAUAGGAAAACAGCCAAAGCAAUUGCAACUCAGGUUGGGAUCAGAAAAGUAUUUGCUGAGGUUCUCCCAUCUCACAAAGUAGCCAAGGUCCAGGAGCUCCAAACCUCUGGAAGAAAAGUUGCCAUGGUUGGAGAUGGGGUCAAUGACUCACCAGCGCUGGCCCAGGCUGAUGUUGGCAUUGCUAUUGGAACAGGCACAGAUGUUGCCAUUGAAGCAGCAGAUGUUGUGCUGAUUCAUAAUAAUUUGCUUGAUGUGGUUGCAAGUAUCCAUCUGUCUAGGAAGACAAUGAAAAGAAUCCGAAUAAAUCUAAUCCUGGCCUUAAUAUACAAUCUCAUUGGCAUACCCAUAGCAGCAGGAGUAUUUAUGCCUUUAGGACUUGUGCUACAGCCAUGGAUGGGGUCAGCUGCAAUGGCGGCAUCUUCAGUAUCCGUAUUACUCUCUUCCCUGCAGCUAAAAUGCUACAAGAAAACAGUCCUGGAAAGAUAUGAAGCUGAGGCUCAAGGCUGCAUGAAGCCACUGACUCCUUCCCAAGUUAGUGUCCAUAUUGGGAUGGAUGACUGGAGACCAAAGCCUCCCAAAUUAGCCACCUGGGAUGAUGUCAGUCAAGUGUCUCUUUCUCCCCUGACUUCAGACUUAGUGUCAGGAGGCCUGGAGAAUGAAGCAGACAAAUGGUCGCUGCUCACCAACAGUCAGGAUGAAGACCAAUAUAUUUAAACGAUAUAAUCUGAUACUGAGCAGUAAGAUGCAAGGAUGGGACUAAGAGAGGCUUAAGAUUCUGUUAAGAUUCUGUUUCUGGAGCACCUAUAGAGAAGUGUGCUUAGGUGUGCACUGUGCUGCCUGUUCUCACCUGAAUGGAAGAAUGUACCUUCAGCUGAUCCUGGUGGCUCCUGAAUUAGGACACGGCCUCAUCACAGUAUGUGUAUCAAAGAAUACAGCAGUUCUUGCAUCUUAGUACCAAAUGCUACCCAGAAAAUAUUACACAUUUAGACAAUGAAACAUUACCAAGUAAUACCAGAAAAACCAUAUUCCCAUAAAGCUCAGAAAUGAAUGAUCAGGCUGGUGGUACAUCAUAAUUGACAAACAGUGCACAAUGUAGGAAUGCUGGAUCCUAGUGAUUGAUAUUUGGGGGUGGGGGAGGGGAGGGGGUGUAAGCAUACUUUUUAAUGUAUACUGUAUUUUCAUUUUUUUCAGUGUGUAUUUACUCUUUUUCUUAAACAUGGCAAAGUAAACGAAGCACAAACCUUC